CACAGAAACCAAGAAAUCCAUCGAGAAUUACUGGCGAGAGACUGUGAGCCAUGGAGAGUUCGAUGAGACAUCUCAUCUGGAGAAACACUACGUGCUGUCGAUGUUUCCCUAUCCUUCCGGCAAUCUGCACAUGGGCCACGUCCGGGUGUACACAAUCAGUGACGCCAUGGCCAGAUUCUUCCGGAUGUGCGGGAAGAAUGUUCUCCACCCAAUGGGCUGGGACGCCUUCGGAUUGCCGGCGGAGAAUGCAGCGCGAGAGCGCGGAAUUCCGGCUGAUAAAUGGACAGAGAGCAAUAUUGAGAAGAUGAAGCAGCAGCUGGAAAAACUGGGAUGUUCUUUCGAUUGGCGCCGGGAAUUGGCCACCUGUAGUCCGGAGUACUACAAGUGGACGCAGUACCUCUUCCUGAGGCUGUACAGAGAGGGAUUGGCGUAUCAGAGGGAGGCGCUGGUGAACUGGGAUCCUGUGGAUGAGACUGUCUUGGCUGAUGAGCAAGUGGACGAGAACGGAUGCAGCUGGCGGUCAGGAGCGAAGGUGGAGAAGCGCCUCUUGAGACAGUGGUUCAUCAGAACUACAAGAUUUGCUAAGGAACUGCUUGAAGGCCUGGACAAUCCGAUCUUGGAAGAUUGGAGAGAUAUUGUGAAGCUCCAGAAGCACUGGAUUGGCGACUGUAACGGAUAUUCCUUUGACUUUGCCGUGGUCAGUCAUCAAGCAGAUCAGCAACCUCCAAUUUCCACCAUAAGUGUCUGGACACAGAAGCCAGAACUCGUGAAAAUGUCCAGUUUCGUGGCAAUCUCAAAGAAUCAUCCUUUAGCACAGAAUUGCGAUGGAUUAGCUGUACAAAAUCCCUUCACAGGACAACAAAUCCCAUUUGUCAUCCAAGAAGAUGAAGAUUUUCCUCCAGAAUGCAAUGCAUUCUUGGGAAUUCCCACACUUGAAAGCCUCCCGGAAGAUUUAGGAGCAGCAGAAGUGUUGAAAAAGGCUCAAGAGUUGAGAAUUGGAGGCUUUCCUGUGAGUUCAAAGCUCAAAGACUGGUUAAUCUCGAGACAGAGAACUUGGGGCACUCCAAUCCCGAUUAUUCACUGUCCAGAUUGUGGUCCUGUGCCGGUUCCUGAAGAAUCCCUGCCAGUGACUCUCGAGAAUACGCAGGAAGACAAAGUUUCCUGUCCAAAGUGCAAAAAUCCCGGCGCAAAGAGGGAAAAAGACACAAUGGACACUUUUGUGGACAGUUCCUGGUACUUUUUGCGCUUCCUAGACUCUAAGAACAGCCAGGAGAUUUUCAGAAAAGAUCUGGUCAAGUCAAUGCCUGUGGAUUUGUACAUUGGAGGAAAAGAACACGCGGUUUUGCAUCUCUAUUACGCUCGAUUCAUGAAUCACUUCCUCAAUUCCAUCGGUUUGGUGCCUGAGAAAGAGCCCUUCAAGCGUCUUCUCGUCCAAGGAAUGGUCAUGGGCAGAUCAUUCCGCGUCAAAGGAUCUGGAAAGUAUCUUCCUGAGAGUGAGGUGGAAAUCAUCGAUGAGAAGCGAAACAAGGCGAUGGAGAAGGUUUCCGGGAAACCUGUGGUGGUGACGUGGGAGAAAAUGUCCAAAUCCAAGCUCAAUGGCGUGGAUCCUGAGGAUGUGAUUGAGGAAUUGGGCGUGGAUGCGACCAGAUUGGUGAUUCUAGGCGAUGUGGCGCCGUUUUCCCACCGCAAUUGGUCACGAGCAACGUUCCAGGGAUUGAUAAACUGGCAGAAGCGUCUCUGGAUGACUGUUCAUGACUUCUGCCUGAGUCGCCGGGCGGAUGGGAAGGUGGAGAAGAGCGCCCAGUUCGCUGAGGAGGAGGCAAAGCUGUGGGAUGCCAGGAAUUACUACAUCACAGGCGCCACUUUUCACUUCCGACACACUCAUCAACUCAGUGUGGCCAUCAGCAAGAUGCAAGGCCUCACAAACUCCAUCAGACGCGCUCCUCCGGAUGUCGUGCAGUCUGGCAAAGAGUACCAACGCGCUCUGGCCACGCAAAUCAUCAUGCUUGCUCCACUGGCGCCGCACUUCGCCUCGGAAUUGUGGGUGAGAUUCGCGUCGGCGGUGGAGAAAGAUGACUUCUUGGCCUGGGAUGAGGACGUCCUGCAUCAGAGGUGGCCAGAAGUGGAAGCUGAGUACCACUUGGAUCUCACAGCAAAGGUCAAUGGAGUGGAAUUGGGCGUUCGGAAGUUUCCCAGGCGGCUUCUCGAUGCAAUGACAAAGGAGGAGGCGACGAAAACUGCCCUCACCGUUCCGGAAGUUAUAAAGUUCAUCGGAGAGAAGAAAAUCUUGGACGCGACUGUUGAAUUCUAUCCAGGACUGGAAAUUGUCGUCAACGUGCAUGCAAAAUUCCCGCCACGACAGAAAGAAGUGGAAGAAAAGCUGCAGGAAAUGUGUUAAUAAAACUAUUGUUGAUUUA